CUAACCGCGUUUGUGAUUUAGAAUUUUAAGCGGUUUUACCCGUAAAAUCUAUUACUAGAUUUUUGUUUUGCUUAGAUAUAGGAAAAAACGCACAUACUAAUUGUAAUAUAUUAAAUAUAAUGCAAUAUUUAAUUUGGUUAACUACUACAUUUUAUGUUACAUAUUAAAGUUAGUGCGAUUUUGUGUGGGUAAGAUGGUGAUUGAAAAAGUGCACGGUCUACAAGCCACUAGGAUAAGUCUCAACGAUCGGUUUACAAUAUUAGCAUCUGCAGCGACCGUAGCUCAUGUUAUGAAGCCUCGUAGGCGUCCUUCUGGAUUGUUCUCUUUUAAUCAUAAUGUUAAUAACAGAGUUCUUAUGGACCAAAUAGCGUACCGAUUAGGCCAGCUAUCAAGAAAGCAAGCAGUGAAACAACGUCUUGGCAUGCCAGGGCUUAGACGCUUUGGCAGUGAAAGCAGUCUUAUAGGUCUUCAGCGCUCCAAUAGCUUUAAUAACAUAAAUCAAAACAGCAUUAAGAAUAGAGUAGCAUGGAGACAGUCAAACAUGAAUCUCAAUCGGUCAGCAUCAUUUAGUAACUUAUCACAAGGAGUUUGGCGCGGUCGUGGGUUCCGCCGUCGCGGAGGUAGGAUGGGAGUCAUGAGAGGAAGGAUGAGAGGAAGAGGUGGGCGCGCGGGACGGGCGGGGCGGCCGGCGAUGUCGCGGUCACGGACGGUGGCGCCAAAUAGAGGACGAGGCAGAGGUGGUGUAGCUAGGCAGCAAAAAACUGUUCCAACAAAGGAAGAGCUAGACUUGCAACUUGACCAAUACAUGGCAAGCACAAAGUCUGCUCUCGACAAGGAACUUGACACAUACAUGAAGAAUGCAAUGGACCUUGAAUAACAGAGAUAUGUGUGUGAUAUGUGGACAUGCAGAUUGUUCUCACAAUUGUGGAAUAUAGUGUUAAAACAAUUUUAUGUUAUCUUCUAUUUUGUUACAAAGUUUGUCUAACUUAAAGACAUUGAUGAUAAAAUUUUGAUGUUGAUUCAAUUUAUUGUUGUGUUAAAUUGAUUAAAGUAGGAAUAUGUAAAACCAGGUACAGAUACGUGAUUGAAUGUUACUUUGUUAGUAAUCGUUUUUUUUUUUUCUUUAUUUUUAAGGUCAUGAUCCAGUGAAUUGGUUUUUGCUAUAAAUAUGUUAUCUGUAUGCUAAGCAGAUGAGUGAACAUAUUUAAAAGAUUAAAACGAACGAAGGCAGAAUAACAA